UUCCCUUCUUGGCGUUCACAUCGAGAGUGACAGCAGCAACAAGUGAAAACCAAACGCCCAAGGAUCACAGCAGAGUUCGGUUUUUGGCCAAAUACCAAGAGCAAAUAGUUCCCACAAUUAACAUCAGGAAUCGUCGUCGUCUACAGUUCGACACACAUUUCUGUUCAACGCCUGGCGCCAGAUUUGUCUAAUUACCGGCAAUUUGCAGCCCAUCCCCAAAGCAGACAAUCGUAGAAAAUCGCACAAAAAUGAUGAAAUUCGUGCAGAUUCUGUUGUGCUAUGGCCUGCUCCUGGCUCUGCUCUUCUCCGUUAGCGAGGCCCGACCCUCCACAGCCGAAACAGGACCCGAUGCCGAUGGACUGGAGGGGCAGGAGGGUGAGGAUGUGCGCGGCGCCUAUGGUGGAGGUUAUGACAUGCCAGCCCAGGCCAUCUAUCCCAACAUACCCAUGGACCGCCUGCAGAUGCUCUUCGCCCAGUACAGACCCACUUACAGCGCCUACUUGAGGACCCCCUCCUAUGGCAAUAUGAAUGAGCUCUAUAGGCUGCCCGAGAGCAAGCGUCAAGUGAGGUAUCGGCAGUGCUACUUCAAUCCCAUCUCCUGCUUUAGGAAGUAAAUUCACACCUCACCGGAAGUGUAGCCCAUUAGCAUUUCAAGCAUUUCAAACAAAAAACAAAACAUAAAAGAAACCAAAUCAAGCCCAGCAUGGAAUUUAGCAUAAAACCUCAGACAACAUUUAACGCAAAUAUUUAGUGCAAUUAAACUAAAGCUAAGACUCAAACUACAUAUAUCUAAACAUAUAUACAAUAUCGAAAAUAUAUAAAUGUCUAAACAAAUUACUGCAAAAAAUGCUUCAUUGUAGUUACCAAAAAAAAAAAA